CUCGUCCGCUUUUCCCCCGCCUGGUUUAUCUGCCGUAAUAUUUUAAUCUGCACUCGAGAUUUCUUUUAGAAUAUAAUUUAGCGUUAUGACAGAAAAUUGUGAUUAGAUUCCUUCGCUGUCAUGCCGCUGGGGUUGAUAAUUUACUAACUUCCCCCUAUGAAUGAAUGUUUGUUAUUGCGGGUUCCUGUUAUCAUUCUAGAUUUGCCCCAACGAACACAUAAACACUAUAAAUAUCUGCUACCAUGGUUUAGAGCCGUACAAUAUUUUAAUUUCGAGGAGUUUAAAGCCUCUGUGUAAUAAUCUUUAAGAGGAAUGCUAGUUCCUCACUAAACAUACAUAUGUGUGUGCUGAUAAGGAUUUCCCUUGCAGGACACAAAGGACCGCUUAUCGCGUUGGUAAAAUGAGUCACUCCAUAUCGACUCUUAUGCUGUGCCUUCUUUCCCAGCGGGUCACAACAUUUUCUUAUCGCUAAUUAUUUUUAGCAUAAAUUUCAUGUGUAGGGAACCCGUAGGCUGAGAGACCGAUAUAAAGUGGCCAUAAUAUAAAUCCAUGCGACAAGAAACUUUUACCUCGAAUUGCAUUUCGCUUUCAAGUUGAUAAGUUUAAUUUAUUCUUCGCAUUGAACGAAAUUCUCUUGUUUAAUGAUAUGCUAUUAUUAGCGGCACGUAUGAAAAAGCAGCUGUGCCUGUGGCUUUUGUGUUUUCCUCGGAAAAAUACUAGGAAAAUGCAUAAAAACAUAUGCCAUGGCAUCUAAAAAUAUGUGCUCGUAUUCAACUAUUUCGAUAAACGAUGGCCACAAAGGCCAGUGUUUAGCAGGACAUUGAUCUCGUUCAGGAGAGUUGCUAAUUGCAUUAGGCACUUAGUCAGUCGCACUUAGUCAGCUUCCCCGGUCCUCUAUUUAGUUAUUAUUGCCACUGAAAGCGACAGCAAAGUCAGCUAAAUAAGCCGCACUACGUUCUGACCCAGUUCCAUCAUUAUCAUCACUUUGUCAAAAGCAGAAUUCCAGAUCACACGCAGUAGCAUGGGUAGUAUCUUAUAGUACCUGCCUUUUGGAGAUACACGAUACGCAUUUACCUUUGUCUAAAAAUAAUAAAUGAUCUCAUUGUUGACUGUUUGUUUGUACUCCUUUAGGACUUUUUUGGGAAACGAUCGUGUUGUCAUCGUCAUAUUUUGGGCCACUUGUUUUGGCCGCAUGAAAAAGUAUCUUUAGACGAAGCUGGCGAAUGAUAUUAACACACGAGGAGAUUGUCAAUAAAUGUACAUGUGGAUUGUAAAUUAAAUACACCUAUAUUGGGUUGUAUCUAUAUAUCGAGUCGUGUAAACAUACGCAACGCAGCAGACAUUCUGCCGUCGUUGUCUUUACAACUGAAUCCACAUACUGCAUAUAUAUGUAUGUGCACACAAUGUAUCUGUAUCGUCAGCGCAUUGAGCACUCUUUUGUUCCAGCUCGAUCGAUGUUUCCCGUCAUCCGUUCUGUCCAUCAGUCCAUCUGUCAAUUGCAUUUAAAGCAAAUAUCGCCCAUAAGAAAUGGGCUAUAAUAAAGUACAUUCGUAUGUGCACGAUAAAGUUAACCAGCAUAGACCAGCAGCACUUUUUUUCGGCCUUAUCGUCCCUGGAAAUGCUUGACAAUAAAUUAGAUUUUGUGCAAAUUCUCCCGACCGAUCGAUCCACUCGAUGGUGUCCGUCCGCCAUGAUGGUGCAAAUAGUGGAAAGGAAUCCGAGCACCGGACGAGAAAUAUACUAUACUAUACCUCAGGCAAAUCGCAAGUUCGUGUGAUUUAUAUCAUAACAAAAGGUGGAGGGGCGCAAGAGAAAUGCCAGAUCGAAUAUCGGAUACCCUUUCUGCAACUAAAUACUAACCAUUGUAUUAUAAGAACAUGAUAAAGCAAAUGGCAUCAAAAAUAACAUCUAAUUUUCACAUCUCCUAAGUUUUUUAAUAGAUUAAAUAAAAAAGUAAAUUAGCAAUUUACCUCAUAAUCUAAUUUAAAAAAAAAGUUAAUUUUUAGGCAAAGAAAUGCACUUACACUCCAUCUAUCAUAACUUUCCUUUUGAUUAAGCUUAUAAAUACAUCUCAAGUUGAAAAAUGUAGAAGUUUGCUAAGACCAUGACCGAUCAUAAUUUAAAAAUGCAAAAUAAACGCAUAAAAUAUAUUAUUUCGAACGUUAGAGCUAAAAAUGUUAUAGUUAUGAGAUAAGUGUAAUCUAAGAUACUUUUCUAGACACCCUGUUCUAUU